UUAAGCUCUCCCCAAACUUAGGCCAAAACAAGAGAGAACACAAAGAAAGAAUAGAGAAGAAGAGAAGCAACAACAAUGGAAACAAACCCUCUUCCACUACAUCUGUCCCAUGUUCAAAAACCCUCUCUCAUCAUCAACAGAACACACUCUCUCCUCCACUCCACAGCCCUAGCAACCCUAAUCUACUACAGAUCUUCCACCAUCUUCCAAACCCUCAAAACCAGAGACAAACCCAUCUUCCCAUUACUAUUCCUCUCCAUCUCUGAACUAAUUCUCUCUUUCAUUUGGGUCCUCAGCCAAGCACACCGGUGGCGGCCCGUCUCGCGGACCGCCUUCCCGGAUCGAUCGCCGGAAGAUGAAGAACUUCCGGCAAUCGACGUAUUUAUCUGCACGACGGACCCUAAUAAAGAGCCGACUGUGGAGGUGAUGAACACGGUGGUUUCAGCCAUGGCUAUGGAUUAUCCAGUGGACAAGCUUUGUGUUUACCUUUCAGAUGAUGGUGGUUCGGAUGUGACUUUGAAUGCCAUGAAAGAGGCUUGGAGGUUUGCAAAGUGUUGGGUUCCUUUUUGUAGGAGGUUUGGAGUUGAAACAAUAUGUCCUAAGGCUUAUUUUUUGGAGGAAAAUCAUCAGAAGAAGGAUUGUAGGAGUGAUUUCUUGGCUGAGAAGGAGAAAGUUAAGGAGAAAUAUGAGGCAUUCAAGAAUUGCAUGAUGAGGAUUAGAGAGAAAGCAAGCAUCAUUAUGACUAAUGGAGAUCAUCCUCCUCUUGUUGAGGUGAUAAAUGAGAAAGGCAUGAAUGAAGAAGUUGGUGAUGGAGUUGGUGCACAGAAUGUCCAGAUACCUCUCCUCGUUUACGUCUCUCGCGAGAAAAGGCCUUCACUUCCUCAUCAUUUCAAGGCCGGAGCCCUUAACGUCCUUCUUCGAGUCUCAGCCAUGAUUAGCAAUUCUCCAUACAUACUAGUUUUGGACUGUGACAUGUAUUGCAAUGACUCGUCAUCGGCUCGUCAAGCAAUGUGUUUCCAUCUUGAUCCCAAAAUGUCACCCUCCCUAGCUUUCGUUCAAUUUCCUCAGAAUUUUCACAACAUUAGCAAGAAUGAUAUCUACAACUGCCGAAUAAGAUCGUUAUUCACGAUACUAUGGAAAGGUAUGGAUGGGCUUGAGGGACCAUGUUUGUCUGGUACAUGCUUUUACAUAAAGAGAAAGGCACUCUAUGGAAGUCUCAUAAAAGAAGAUGUUGAUAUCAUGAAACGUAAACAGUGUUUCGGCUCUUCCAAUGACUUCAUCAAAUCUCUUGAUCGACAUUACAAGCCGAAUCACAGUAACUUUUCGAAUACAAUGUUGUUCAAAGAAACCCAAAUUUUAGCAUCAUGUGCUUAUGAAAAUCAAACCAAAUGGGGCAAAGAGGUGGGUUUCUUGUAUUUCUCAGUGGUGGAAGACUACUUCACAGAUUUUAUCAAUUUACAUGGCAAAGGUUGGAUUUCAGUGUAUUGUGACCCGGCAAGGCCAGCUUUUUUGGGCUCAUGCACCACAAAUCUGAGUGAUGUGUUGGUUCAGAGCACCAGAUGGGGUUCUGGUUUGGUUGAAGUUGCCAUCUCAAGGUUCUGUCCUCUUCUACAUGGUCCAAAGCAGAAGGAGAAGCAGAUGUCUGUUCUUGAGAGAAUGUGCUAUGCAGAACUGGCCUUCUUUCCUUUAAGUUUCAUCCCAUUGUGGUGCUUUGCAACCAUUCCUCAGCUCUAUCUUCUCAAUGGCAUUCCCUUGUACCCUGAGGUUUCAAGCUGGUAUUUCAUUGUAUUUUCAUUCAUUUUCGUCUCAUCCCAAUCCAAACACAUCCAAGAGAUCUUCUCAAUUGGAGGUUCAAUCCAAACAUGGCGCAAUGAACAGAGAAUGUGGAUGAUAAAGGCAGUCACAUGUCAUCUCUAUGGAAGUUUGGAUGCUUUCAUGAAGAGAAUGGGUAUGAGAGAAGCCAAUUUUCUACCAACCAAUAAAGCUGUUGAUGAUGAGCAGCAACUCAAGAGAUACCAAAUGGAUAUAUUGGAUUUCCAAGCAUCAAACAUGUUGAUUGUUCCAGUGGUCACCUUGGUGAUUCUAAACCUAGUAUGCUUGUUUGGAGGAGUUACUAGGAUGGUUAUCAGUGGAAGUGUUAAUGAGAUGUUUGUGCAAGUUGGUUUGUCAUUUUUCAUUGUAUCAAUGAGCUCCCCAAUUGUUGAAGGGAUGGUGGUGAGGAAGGACAAGGGUAGGGUUCCAACUUCUGUUUCUAUUUUGUCUGCUGUGAUUUCCAUGAUUUACUUGCUUUUGGGAUCUCUUAUUAUCAUGUAUUGGUGACAAGUAGAUCAUGUAGUUGGGUUAGAAGUUUUGUAUUAAUGUAUCGCGAUGUUGUUAGUAUUUUGAUUUUAGUUCUUUUCUUCCUAAAAUGAGAAAAUGAACAAUUUGAUUGAAAAUGUAUUGUAUGGCCCAGAGUGUUGUGGAAUUUGCAAAAUGGGUUUUCAAAA